UUUUGAUGAGUUACUAUGUUUAAGAGUAACUGUAUGACUUAUCUCAGACUGGAGAAAGUCAUGUUGGAAUUCCUAGAGUUGGAUCCACUCUGGAAGAAUAUGUAAGGGAGACAAAUGGCCAUUGUUUCUCAGGACAUAUUAUUGGCUGUAAGGGAAGGAUGAUCCUUCCUGCCAGGGGAAUGGCAGAUUAAACUGUACUGCCAAGCGUUUUAUUUUAUGCGCAAGCUGCGCGGCGGAAAGCAAUUAACGACAACUUUUUGUCUUGAGGAGGCUUGAGAUUUUUUUUAAUAGGGAGACCAAGGGGGUGGAUAUCAUAUUUUUUAUUGAAAUGUAGGCUGAUCCAUUUACUACCAGCAUAUGCCAUAUGGGGGGAGGAUUUUAAAACACAUAAGCAAAUAUAGUCACACAACAGCACACUACAUACAUAUCUUUUAUUGUAUAUGUUAUAUAAAUGGUGGAGGGAUUUUAAAGAUUUGAUUCGAUUUCAGAAUGAGACCAUCAUCACAAGUGGAGGUGAAGUGUUGGCUGUGUCCCAUGACGUUUAGGACAAGGAGACAACUAAAGAACCAUCUGGCAGCUGCCCCACACAAACGGCUUUCAGUCGUUUGUGUUUGGUGUCCUGAAGAGAAGUCGUACAGGAGGAUGGUUGACCUGAAGGAGCACAUCAUGGCCAACCACCGCAGCAAAAUAGAGAUCAUGCCGUACAGUUUCUUGAGUGAGAACAAUGGGUUUUGGAUGUCGAAUUACCCAGAGACAUAUGCAAAGGUAAUCUCACCAUCAAAUGAAAACUCCCAAGAGGCCAUGAAAGCCAGGAUUGAGGUCCUAGAAUUCCUAAACAGGGUUGGAAACACCAACAGGAAGAAGGAGGAUUGGACUCAAGGCUGGAAGUGUCCUAGGGAAAUGGUUAGAGGUACGCAGGAGGAAGAGGUUGAGCAGGAGAAAACCAAUGGGUCAUAUUCACCAACACGCCCCACCAUUUAUGAAGGGCUGGCCCUCCAGCAACUUACAUUAGGACUUGGGGAUUCGACAGCCAUCUUCAAAUUAGACCUUGGAGUGUCUAUACGAUUCUAUCAGAUAAGUUUGAAUGACUUGGUUCUAAGAGAUCACAAAAUGCUUGAUGCUUUAAUAAGGAGGAUGACGGCACUGGUAAACACCAAGUAUGCAGGAUCACAUACCUUCUCAGCCUCUAUAGACGGUAAAUUAAAGUCUAUAGUGACGCCGGUAGUAGCUAGGAAACUAUCCAUAUCAGAGGAAUAUAUAGCAGACAUAAAAACGUCCGAUGAACUCUUCCCAGGGAAACAUACAAUAGCCAUCACAAAUCCGUUAUCACCACUUAAAACACCAUCAACCUCAGAUAUUAUAUUGGAAGAUGACAGUGACAAUGAAGAACCAGAGAUUCUGAACGAGAAAGCAACAAGCCAGAAGAAAAGUAAGAAGACAGAGAAUGAAGGAGAGAAAAAUGGAGAGAAAAGAAAGAAAAAGAAUAACCACCAGGAACAGAAGGCUAAGAAAAUAAAGCAAGGAAAGGGUGACAAGGAACAGGACGAGGAAAUCAGACUUAAAGAGGAAGAACUAAGGAAGCAGGAAAAACAAAAACAGGAUGAGGAAAUGAGACUACAGGAGGAAGAACAAAAGAGAAGGGAAGAACAGAAACAGGAGGAAAUUAGACUGAAGGAGGAAGAACAAAAGAAGCAGGAAAAACGAAAACAGGACGAGGAAGUCAGACUAAAGGAGGCAGAACUAAAGAGAAAGGAAAAACAAAAACAGGAGGAGGAAAUCAGACGGAAGGAAGAAGAACAAAGGAAGCAGGAAAAACAAAAACAGGAUGAGGAAAUGAGACUAAAGGAGGAAGAACAAAAGAGAAGGGAAGAACAGAAACAGGAGGAAAUUAGACUGAAGGAGGAAGAACAAAAGAAGCAGGAAAAACGAAAACAGGACGAGGAAGUCAGACUAAAGGAGGCAGAACUAAAGAGAAAGGAAAAACAGAAACAGGAGGAGGAAAUCAGACGGAAGGAGGAAGAACAAAGGAAGCAGGAAAAACAGAAACAGGACGAAGAAGAAAGGUUGAAGGAGGAAAAGAGGAUACAAGAAGAAAAACACAAUGAAGAAAGUAAAAGAAAGGAACUGGAAGCAUCAGAAGAUCGGGGCACAGAUUGUACAACUCUAAACGGCAACAUUACCGCAAGUGAACGGGCAAGGACACUUCUGAGGAAAGGUGGCAUGCCACUUUUCCCAGCUGGGAGAAGGGAGUGGAAUCAAGAAGAAGUCAUCCCACUGAUUACCAUCCCAGCAGUUGUUAGUUGGCCACCUAAAAAUUGGAAAAAGAUGACUCCAGAGCAAAAGUAUUUUAAUUGGGAGUAUGCCAGUAUAGCUCUGGAGUUGAACUCGGGAAAGCAAUUACAAUUCACAAAGGAAGAGUUGCUACUCAAGUAUCACUUUUUAGCAUUACCAGGCACAAAAACACCGACAGGAAGUGAAGAAAACACAAUGGCAACCAAAUCUCGGUUUUAUUUAUAUCAAGCUUUGGCUUAUAUAAUAAAGAGUGACAAAGAAGACACAUCAACUGUACAAACAUUAAAGAUGUUAGAAACUGCAGUGAAGGAGAGAGAUAACUCCACAGACGAUGUGAUAAAGAGAAUAGAUGCUCUUGAUAUUCCCUUGAGACUCGGAGAAGACAUUGAACACUAACAUUUUAGAUCUCAAACUUCAUAAUAAUUAUGUGCUAAAAUUUUCAAUUCAGGAGAAUUCAUUGUCUUUAAAGGUGGGGGAAGUGUAAGGUACUGGUGAAUGUUAUACUGAAACAAAUAGGUAUUAAAUUGUGCGGUGUAAUUUAUAAGUAAAUACUUAAUUUGUGGCAAGACUGACACAUAUUUUAUAAUGAUUUUUUACAAUUGUGGCAGUAAUCCACUAUACUUAUUACUAUGAUCACAAGUCAAAAUUCAAGUUUUUACCAAAUAUUAUCUUUUAAACUUAACGGUUGUGUUCUUGCGCAUAGUAACUUGGCUUGCAGCGAGCUAGAGAAACAUUUUACAUUUGAAAUCAAAGAUAUGGCAUUAAUUUACUAUUUUUUUAUGGAUUUCACAGGCCAAAGUUUCACUUUUUGCCAAUAAAUUACAGGGGGAGGCAUUUCAUUAGCUAAAACAUAGUUUUACAAGUAAGGUGUGUACAUAUGUUGGUACAAAGGUGAUAUAUAUCCAGUAAAGCAACUGAUUUUAUGUGAAAGCUCUGGAAUUUGAAAUGAUUUUAUCAUUGUUUACAUUUUUUGUGUACAAGUGUUACGGCAGGGAAUGUAUGUAAUUACUCAUGGAUUACCUUCUUCAUGCUAUAUAUCAUGUAAUUCCCGUAUUAAGGAUCAUUUCUGGUAACCAAAUAUUCAUAUUUAAACGUCUGAUAUGCCUGGUAUACAUAGGGAAAUACUUUAACUGCAAUUGUUUACUGACCGGCGAUUUUGCCGUCUGCCAUUUUGUGGGGAAUGAAACGUUGAUUUUAUCUCUUUUGAUACAAAUUCGUCCCCUGAUCAAUUGAUCUAAUAUUGCAUUUUUAAUACCACACAUUUAAUAUUUUAUAAGUAUACCCUGCCGGACACAAAUAUAUUGUAAAUAUUUAGAUGGUUGUAAUGAACUAUGUUAUAUGUUAUUUACUUUGUAUGUUCUUACGCAGAUCGUCUGCUAAAUCAAUGCGCGCGCAGUGGUGUCCGAUUGUUUAUUUCAAGCUUCUUUAUCGAUAUUUUAGAUGCUAUAGCUUUGUUUUAAUAUUUUAUGUAUAAGGACAAUCAUAGGACAACUCAAGAUGAUUUCAAUUCUAUGUUUUUCAAUAUCGUAAUUUUGUAUAGUUCCGGCUACCCGGAAAGGACAAGUAACCAUUGGAUUAGUAUGUCACGUGACACUUACAAUUUAGUAUAUAAACGCGUGAGCAUUCAGUAAUGGCAGAUAGCCCAAAGUUUUGCUGGCGGCAAGUUUGAACCUAGAAAACAAUAAAUUUCCAAAUAAAGCAGUAAUAACCUUUAGGUGAGAAUUAGGAUAACAUAAUGAAGUUUAAAUAGCCGUCUUUUGUACAGUAAGCUAUCUCCCACCACGUCGGACACCAC